AUGAGGUGGUCAGGCGCGGUGUUGGCAGCGGCCGGGGUGGUGGCAGGAGCCGGAGUGGUGGCAGCGGUGGAGUUUGAACCACAUGUGAGAGUGGAGAGAGACUACAGUUCUGGCGGAGGAGGCUUUACUGGGACUGGAGGCUACGGUGGUACAGGGGGAGGAGGAGGCAGUGGAUAUGGAGGUGGUGGCAGCUUCGGUGGCGGAGGAUACGGGACAGGUGGUGGUGGUGGUGGAACGGGCUACGGCGGUAGUGGAAGCUCGGGUGGAGGCGGUGGAUCAGGAGGGCACCCGGUCGUGAUCGUCCACCAGACCAAGGGUGGAGGUGGCGCUGCAGGUGGAAGUGGUGGAGGAUAUAGUGGAGGAGGAGGAGGAGCUGAGGUCAUCUACAUCACUGAACCGAGUGGAGGAGGUCAAGGGAGUGGCUACGGAACUCCCUUGGCCGUCCUCGCUACCCUGUUCAAUCUGGCGCCCAUUGGUAUUGGUUUCGUCACCGUCUCCGGGAAGAGACGAAGGAGGGACGUGCCUGACGAAGUGAUGAGCGAAAAACUGAGGGAAUUCUCUCAGGUCCAAGAAUACGUGCAUGAGAAUUUCGAUGUGGAGGCCGAAAAUAACAUGCAGAACCUACGAAAAUCAAUAUAA